AUGAGAGUCGCUCCGGCCGUCGGGACGAAGGCGGCGGACAAAGGGGCACACAAUUCGUCGGCGAUAUGCACCAAUUGGCGGCGUUUUGCUCGAUUUGCCGACGGCCCGCCGACUCCGAGGCAGCGUCAGUUUUCACGCGCCGCUGCUGCUAUUAAUAUUCAAAUUGGCGCGAUCUGUCGCCGCUCCACGAACCGGCGUGGGGCCGGCGGCAAUUUGUCCGUGGAAGGACCAACAACGGAACGGAAGAGAGAAACUGUUACGCUUGUGGCG